AAACUUCAGAGGUGACUUCGCCGACGUCGGAGACGCCAGAGCCCGUUGCCAUGGAGACGGAGGCGGAGACACCGGCAGCUGCAGAGCCAGAGGUGAAGCCAGAAGCAGCUGUGGACGACUGGGAGGCCAUCGCCACCGAUGAGGAGAAAGAGCUGAAGAAAGUCCACAUCGAGGUGAAGGAGGACGUCACGGCUCCACCUCAGCCUACGGGCAGCGAGGAAGACGAGGAGGACGAGGAGGAGGACGAAGAGGAGGAGGAGGACGAGGAGGAAGAUGAGGAGGAGGACGACGAGGAGGAGAGUGAGGAAGAGAAGGAGAAGGAGGUCGCGACGACGGCGGUGAGUCAGGGGAAGAGGAGGGCGGCGAAGGAGAGCGAGGACGAGAGCAGCGAGAGCGACGAGGAUGACGGCAGGACCAAGGAGGAGCGGCGGUACGACCGGGCAAAGAGGAGGAUCGAGAAACGGAGAGCGGAGAACCUGAAGAACGUGGACCUGGACAGACUGAGAGCUCCGGUGGUCUGUGUGCUCGGACACGUGGACACGGGGAAGACCAAGAUCCUCGACAAGCUGCGACACACUCAUGUUCAGGACGGAGAGGCCGGAGGAAUCACUCAGCAGAUCGGAGCCACAAAUGUCCCAAAAGAGACGAUCGAGGAGCAGACCAAGAUGGUUAAAAACUUUGAGAGAGAAAACCUGCGGAUCCCCGGCAUGCUGAUCAUCGACACACCUGGACACGAGUCCUUCAGUAACCUGAGGAACAGAGGCAGCUCUCUGUGCGACAUCGCCAUCCUCGUGGUCGACAUCAUGCACGGCCUCGAGCCUCAAACGCUUGAGUCCAUCAACCUGCUGAAAGAGAAGAAGUGUCCCUUCAUUGUCGCCCUCAACAAGAUCGACCGUCUGUACGACUGGAAGAAGAGUCCGGACACUGACGUCGUGACCACGCUGAAGAAGCAGAAGAAGAACACGAAAGACGAGUUUGACGAGAGGGCCAAGGCCGUCAUCGUGGAGUUUGCUCAGCAGGGUCUCAACGCCGCCUUGUUCUACGAGAACAAAGACCCCCGGACGUUCGUGUCGUUGGUUCCCACUUCGGCCCACAGCGGCGACGGGAUGGGAAACCUCAUCUCCUUAUUGGUGGAGCUCACACAGACGAUGUUAGCCCGCCGGCUGGCGCACUGCGACGAGCUGCGAGCUCAGGUCAUGGAGGUGAAAGCUCUGCCUGGUAUGGGAACCACGAUAGACGUCAUCCUGAUUAACGGCCGCCUGCGGGAGGGAGAGACCAUCAUCGUACCGGGGGUGGAGGGACCAAUCGUAACGCAGAUCAGAGGGUUGCUGCUGCCGCCGCCUCUAAAGGAGCUGCGAGUCAAG